AUGACUUUGUUUUCGGAAAAUGAACUUUUGAUGAUUGCUUUGAUUUUGGACGAAGAGGAGGAAGAAGAAGUAGUAAAAAAAAAACGGUUGGUUAAAACAAUUUCGUUUAGCUAUCGCAUAGGGCAUAGUACAGUUUACAAGAUCGUUCGAGAAAUCUGUCAAAUAAUUACUGAAAAUCUUAUGGACGAGUUGAUGCCUACACCGACUGAAGAAAUGUGGGAGAACAUAGCUAACGAUUUUUUUCGUAUGUGGAAUUUUCCGGGAUGUAUCGGGGCUUUGGAUGGAAAACAUGUUACCAUUCAAGCACCUCCAAAUACAGGAUCAAUGUUUUUUAAUUAUAAAAAGACAUUCUCUAUAGUUUUAUUGGCUCUUGUGGAUGCUCACUGUAAUUUUAUUGCUGUUAAUGUAGGGGCAUAUGGCAAGAGUAGCGAUGGAGGUGUUUUUGCUAAUUCAAAUUUAGGUAAAGCACUUUAUCGUGGAUCAUUGAAUAUUCCAGAUAAUUUGACCAUACCCAACACAGAUACACAAGUCCCAUAUGUAAUUGUAGGUGAUGAGGCAUUCCCUCUAAAACCUUACUUGAUGCGACCUUAUCCAGGGGACAAAUUAGAUGACCGAAAGCGCAACUUCAAUUACCGUUUGAGUCGUGCCAGGAGGACAUCAGAAAAUACAUUCGGUAUACUUACGCAAAAAUUUAGACUCUACAAUAGACGAAUUCAGGCAUUUCCAAAACAUGUAGAUUACAUAAUUUUGGCCACUUGUUUACUACAUAAUUUCAUUAAAAAAUACGAUUCGUAUACGUACAAUUACGUAACUCAACAAGCGGAUAGAAGUAACGGUCAUACACUACAACAUUUAAAUUUGCAAGGAGGGAACGCAACGACAGACGCAUUUCGUGUUAGGGAAGUAUUCACUGAAUACUUUAAUUCUGAGGUUGGGUCUCUACCUUGGAUAUAA